AUGCCGUGCCGUCCGAUAGUGCUAUCAGGGCCGUCAGGAGGAGGUAAAAGCACGAUUCUUACUCGAGCAAUGAAAGAGUACCCCAACUGCUUUGCAUUUAGUGUGUCACAUACUACCCGAAAGCCGAGGGAAGGCGAAGAGCAUGGCGUUCAUUACUGGUUCACUGAUCAAGGUGAAAUGCAGCGCAUGAUCGCCAAUGGUGAAUUCCUUGAACAUGCGACGUUUGGAGGAAAUACUUACGGCACGAGCAAGAAGGCCGUCAGUGACGUUGAGCAGACGGGAAAGAUCUGCGUGCUAGAUAUUGAGUUACAAGGAGUUCGAAAUAUCAAGAAUACUCACUUGAAUGCUCGCUAUAUUCUGAUACGCACUCCUACACUAGAAAUCUUGGUUCCAACCGUUAAGAACCAUGCCGUGCCGUCCGAUAGUGUGCUAUCAGGGCCGUCAGGAGGAGGUAAAAGCACGAUUCUUACUCGAGCAAUGAAAGAGUACCCCAACUGCUUUGCAUUUAGUGUGUCACAUACUACCCGAAAGCCGAGGGAAGGCGAAGAGCAUGGCGUUCAUUACUGGUUCACUGAUCAAGGUGAAAUGCAGCGCAUGAUCGCCAAUGGUGAAUUCCUUGAACAUGCGACGUUUGGAGGAAAUACUUACGGCACGAGCAAGAAGGCCGUCAGUGACGUUGAACAGACGGGAAAGAUCUGCGUGCUAGAUAUUGAGUUACAAGGAGUUCGAAAUAUCAAGAAUACUCACUUGAAUGCUCGCUAUAUUCUGAUACGCACUCCUACACUAGAAAUCUUGGAAUCCCGUCUUCGUGCACGUGGGACGGAAAAGGAAGAGGACAUUGCUAGACGUCUAAAGCAUGCUAGAGAAGACCUUGCGGCCGUGGAAAAAGAUCCGGAUUUGUUCGACCACAUCAUUAUCAAUGAUGAUUUGGAGAGGGCGUACAAAGAGUUUAUCCAUAUAAUUGAAGAGGAUCUUAUGUCGAUUUCGAAUGCGUGA